AAUGGAAAUUAUUACUGCCCAAAAUUUACAAUUUAUUUUAAAUCUAGUUAAUAUUUUUUCUAUUUUUCUCUCUAUUCUCUCAAUAAUUUUUUUAUUAAUUGUGAUACGUCCUCUAUUUAAAUUUUCAAAGGAAAGAACUGCUCUUUUUAUUGUUUUUAGCAAGGCAAGUUUAAUCUUUAUUGUUCAUAGCACGUCCAAAACCUGGAACAAACCCGAGCCUAGUGUUAACGGCAGUCCAGAACGGUGACCAAAAGCAUCUUCUGCUAAAGUUUUCGCUGUUUCCUCGUUUUUUCCUUCUUGUCCCCGAGAUUCCAUAUAUACAGGGUGACAAGAAAUAAAUGUCAUUUAGUCAUAACUUUUAGUCAUAACACUUCAUUUAAUCAUAACUUUUCUC